AUAAAUCACCUCAAGCCCAAUUGAUCGUCAGCAAAGCAGUUUAACUACUCGCCAAUCACACAUAUUCAUAAGCAUAAGCUCGAUCACUAGACACACAAAAAAUUGGCAAAAUGUUCAAGUACUUCGUCUUCGUCCUUUUGGUCCUUGCCGCCGUCGCUCGUGCUGAGCCCAAACCUAGUGUAUUCGCGUACACAACGCCUGUGGUCGCCGCCGCACCCUCAGCUGCCAUCUACACCCGCGAGUACCACGGCAACUUUGCUGCGCCCUAUCUGGCUUCACCCUACGUGGCCGCCGCCUCACCAACGCCGUACUUCGCCUCUCCAUACGUAGCUUCGCCGUAUUUCGCGUCGCCGUACGCUCCUGCCUACACCGCACCGCUUUUGUUGAAGAAGUAAAUAUAAUAGUCUGCUGCUUUAGUGAUUUACGAUUUCAUUAAAAAAAAUAUUAACGAUAAAAAGCUUUACGAUAUUGUUGAUAAAUUCAUGUGUAUGCAAUAAAA